GUAGAUGUUAAUGAGUGUGAGGUGUUUCCGGGGGUGUGUAUCAAUGGGAAGUGUGUGAACACCGUGGGUUCCUUCAUCUGCCAGUGUCCCCCUGGGAUGACUGUCGACGCCACCGGACGGACAUGUAUAGACCUGCGUACAGAGCAGUGUUAUCUGAGCCACGAGGAUGAGCGUUGCGGAGCCCCUAUCCCGGGUCGUCACCGUGUGGACGCGUGCUGCUGCUCAGUGGGUGUGGCCUGGGGCCCGGAAUGUGAUGAGUGUCCGGAGAAAGGUUCUCAGGAGUACAGCCAGCUCUGUCCCAGGGGACCCGGCUUCGCUAACAGAGGAGACUUCAUUAAUGGACGGCCCUUCCUCAAAGGUAUUCCUCAUACGUUCCAUUUCAAACCUAGUCCCUUCCCCUACCUCCUAUACUCCUUCAGGUCCUUUCUCAAUGACAUGAUGAGUGUGAGCGGAACCUCUGCUGUGUCGCGGUGUGAGUGUGUGAACAACGAGGGCAGCUUCCAGUGUGUGUGUCCGAAGGACACGAGAUUGCGCCCGACGGAUCCGCCUGUCUCGUGA